GCGUACGCACCUGCGUGAAGAGAAGGCCAUUUUCAGCAGGAAAACAUAACUUAGCGCGUUCUCGUACUCUACAGGAAUAUAUAUAAUAAACCAUUUACAACUUUACAAAUCACAUCUGCAUUACUGAAGACAUCACCAGACCUAAAAUGCAGAGCGCAUUGCGAGCCCAGCGAGCGCCACUGCAUGCUGUGACUUGCCGGUGGGCUCACCGCACCACCAAGGAACUAGACAGCAUCAUCCGAGUGGAUCAUGCUGGAGAACUGGGAGCUGAUCGUAUAUAUGCUGGCCAAAUGGCAGUUUUAGGAAACACUUCUGUUGGACCCAAAAUCCAGGAGAUGUGGGAACAAGAAAAGUUUCACAAAGCUAAAUUUGAAGAGCUUAUCAAUAAAUACAGAGUUCGACCGACUGCUAUGGUGCCUCUCUGGAACAUCGCUGGCUUUGCUCUUGGUGCAGGCACAGCACUUAUGGGGCCCAAAGCUGCAAUGGCUUGUACAGUUGCGGUGGAAUCUGUAAUUGUGGAACACUAUAACGACCAGCUGCGCACACUCAUGGCGGAUCCCUCCAUCGACAAGGAGUUGCUUGAGACCAUCCAAAAGUUCCGAGAUGAUGAACAGGAGCACCACGAUACCGGCCUCGAUCACGGGGCUGAACAGGCACCUUUCUACAAGUUUCUCACUGACACCAUUAAACUUGGCUGCAAAGCUGCCAUCUCAAUCUCUAAAGUUGUCUAAUUUACCUUUCUAAGUGGAUUGUAAUUUUGUAUUUUAAACUUGUACCAUGUAUGUAUUUUGUUUCAAAUAAAGUUAAUGUAUUUUCAUACACA